ACAAUAUUCAUCGUACUUUUAUAAUGGGACAGUUAAUAAUUUUGAUGACGUUGUGUGCCAUAACAUUUCGUGUAACGCACCAGUUUUCACAAGUUGACCCUAAAUUUGUCCCGGCACUACCAUGCAACCUAUCUGCUUGCUACUUACCCGAUUGUCGCUGCAGUUCUGACAUACCUCCAGGAAAUUUAGUUGGACCCAACAUUCCACAGAUGUUGCUAUUCACAUUCGAUGGGGCAAUUACAUCUACAAACCAUCCAUUUUUUGACCAAGUUUUCAACGACAGGAGAAACCCAAACGGAGCACCCAUAUCGGUCACUUUUUUUGUGACACACGAGUUCACCAACUACUCCUUAGUCCAUGAUUUAUGGGCCAGUGGUCACGAUAUUGCAGCCCAUAGUAUAACGUACAACCGAAAUAUGGCAUAUUGGAGGACAUUGAGUGAGUCUGGGUGGCGGUCUGAAAUUGUAGAUCAACGGGAUCAAAUCAGUCGCUUUGGAAGCCUACCUACAUCAUACAUAAAAGGGAUGAGAGCUCCCUACCUUCAAAUGGGUGGGAAUACAAUGUUCACUGCAAUGAGUGGUUCUUUUGAAUGGGAAAGUUCGCGACCAACCUUUAACCAAAGGGUGCCUGGAUUGUGGCCGUAUACGAAUGACUACGCCUCCACACAGGACUGCUUGAUACCGCCAUGUCAUAAUGAUUCUUUCCCUGGAUUUUGGAGUUUUCCAAUGAUUAAUUUCCUAUCAGAGGAUCUCACACCGUGCAACGUUCUGGAAGAAUGCGUCCCAAUUCCCAGGACAAUGGCAGGGAUGUAUAAUUUACUCUUGACCAACUUCAACGAUCAGUAUCAAAGAACUAGGGCACCUUUGGUUAUUUCGACACACGCAGCAUGGUUCCUAGGACCACCGGAUAGGCCAGAAUAUGCCCAAAGGAUGUCGGGAUUAAUGCAAUUUCUAGAUUACCUGGGAGCGCUCAGUGACGUGUACGUAAUUGGAAUAUCACAAGCACGCGCAUGGAUGCAAACUCCAACUGGUAUGCCUGACAUUGAUACCUUUGUUCCAUGGCGGGAAGAUACAAAUCGCGUCAGGUCAUGCGUCUUCCCCAGAAAUUGUAGAUAUUCCAACGGCACUUGGGAAAGAAUUAUGAGUUCCUGCAUCCCAUGCCCAUUGUACUAUCCAACACUGCACGAUCCACUUGGGAUUGGGGCACGAUACUUCGGUAAUGAUGAAGGUCAACUAAUCGGAUUGAUAGAUUGAUUGAUGUACAUUUUGAAAUGGGUAGUAUUUUCGUUGGUAGAAUUUGCCUUAAUUAAACUGGCAAAUUAUUUUACUUUAAUUAGGAAUAAAGUUAUGAAUACUUGAAUUUA